AUGGAGAAGAAAGUUAUCUGCAUGCAUGGUGGUAUUGGUCAUUCCAUAAAUCAUGUAGAGCAGAUCGAAAACCUUCAACGACCUAUCACAAUGGAAACUGGCGCAAUAGUUCUUAUGGAUCUGCUAUGGUCUGAUCCAAUAGAGAACGACAGUGUUGAGAGGUUAAGACCAAAUGCCAGGGGGCCUGGCUUGGUUACUUUUGGGUUAGUUAUUGAAUUCUGCAAUAAUAAUGACCUCCAGUUGAUAGUAAGGGCACAUGAGUGUGUCAUGGAUGGUUUUGAACGAUUUGCUCAGGGUCAUUUAAUCACUCUUUUCUCUGCAACUAACUAUUGUGGAACAACAAAUAACACCGGGGCAAUUUUGGUUUUGGGACGAGAUCUUGUGGUUGUCCCAAAGCUAAUUCAUCCCUUACCUCCUGCCUUCCAUUCUCCUAAAACAUCACCGGAACGUCAUAUUGAGGAUACAUGGAUGCAAGAAAUUAAUGCCAACAGACCAGCCACGCCUACCCGAGGCAGACCUCAAGUGGCAAAUGAUCGAGGUUCUCUAGCCUGGAUAUAGAAAUCAUCCCAAAUAUGGUAUACUAAUUCCCCUCCCGUGAACUGAGGUUCCUGGUGGUUCAGCUGUUGGACC